AAAUUGUGAAAAAUUGUUUAAGUGCGAAGAAGAAAAAUAACGAGCGUUAAAAAGCAGAGUUCGAAGCGAAACGAGCUGCACGCGCUUUUUUUUGCAUACUGACGCCUCUUACAGUAUCAUAGAGAUUAACAGUGCAAAAACAGCAACACAAAAAACUGUUACAAUAUGUCGGCGGAAGAUUUAGCACCCGUUAAUGAGGAAGACUUGAAGGAUCUAAAAGCACGUAUGAAAUUGAUUGCGGACGCGGAUGCCAGCCAAUACCAUAAUGAAUUCUCUUUGAGGCGCUAUUUGCGCGCCUUCAAAACAACAGAUGACGCAUUCCAAGCCCUGCUGAAGACAAACAAAUGGCGCGAGACGUACGGCGUAGCUAAACUCAGUGAGAUGGACCAAAGCAAGUUAAAAAAUAAGGCUCGGGUUUUGCGGCAUCGCGACUGCGUAGGUCGUCCAGUCAUCUAUAUUCCGGCCAAGAAUCACAGCUCAUCGGAGCGCGACCUCGACGAGCUAACGCGCUUCAUCGUUUACAAUCUGGAGGAGGCUUGCAAAAAAUGUUUUGAAGAAGUGACCGAUCGUUUGUGCAUUGUCUUCGAUCUGGCCGAGUUCAGUACGUCCUGCAUGGACUAUCAGCUGGUUCAGAACCUUAUCUGGCUGCUGGGCAAGCACUAUCCCGAGCGUUUGGGCGUCUGUUUAAUCAUAAAUGCGCCUGGCAUAUUCUCCACUAUUUGGCCGGCCAUUCGCAUCCUAUUGGAUGAUAACACAGCCAAGAAAGUGAAGUUCGUUAGCAACGAAGUGGAGCUCUGUCAAUAUCUGAUUCCAGACAUACUACCCAUCGAUAUGUGAACUCAGCAACUUGAACAUAUCGCCACUUUGUACCUAUUAGAAACCAGUACCUACAGGCAUCAGUAUAUAUGUAUGUAUGUAUGUAAAUUAGAUAUUCAAAUCUAUAGCAAAAGCUUAACUAGCUUAUCUGAAGGACAAAACUGUGUAAAAGUGCGUUAAUUGUAAUAUGAAUUCUACAAAUUGUUAGCAUGAAUGUAUGUUGACUAUUUUAGAUAAGUCUUUAUCUCUGUAUGCAUAUUUAUAUAUGUAUCAAUAUUAAUAUAUAUAUGUACAUAUAUAUGUAUCUGCACGAUAUGUAUUGUAUUUGUAGACCCAAACCCAAUAUAUGUAACUUGAGUGUCUAUAUGACUAAUAAAGCUAUAAAGCAAACCCUGAUUAGUCAGGUCAUCAAAUUGUA